GGCUCCCUAUGAUGCCAAUAUGUACUUUUCCGGAGUUUACAUCUUCCACUUGCUCCUGCAUUUUCUUCUUUUCCUUAUUCGUUGAUGUUAAGGCUUCUCAAUUCUCAAUCUUAUCUCUUUUCCAGACCUCGUUUCCCAACACCUUUUGCUUGUCCUAUGAGCCGUGUCUUUCCCUCCGCCAUUUAGGUUUUAAUUUUGCUCUAAGCCCUAUACGGUUCAUAGUAUGCUAAUUGACACUUGCAUUCAUGCUGUGUCAUAUUUCGAUGGCUCUCUCUGUUCAUGGUUUCCACUCAUUCUCUCAAACCAUCUUUCCCCUUUUCCUAUUAUACUGUAGUUUCUGUGUUGGUUUACAUGAUGAAUUCUCGAUUCUCAAUUCGGAUAUUAAUUCGUUAUAUAGAGAUUAUACUCCUCCCUCUCCUCCUCCACCUCCGCCGCUGCCUGACCCUCCCUCCCUUUUGUGCCAAGAGGACCUUAAGGGAAUUGGGUCUUUGGACGCCUUUUGCGAGCUCAAUACUAGCUUGAUUUUCUAUAGUGAUGUGUAUAUAGAAGGCAACGGAAGCUUGCAUAUACUUUCUAACGUGAGUUUGACCUGCCCUGUUUUGGGUUGCUUAAUAUUGAUUAAUAUUCUCGGAGAAUUCAGUUUACAUAGCCAUGCGUCGAUAAUAGCCGGGACGGUUUUUGUGAAAUCCCAAAAUCUGAGCUUGCUGAGUGGGUCAUUGAUAAAUGUUACUGGGCUAGCAGGUGCACCCCCAGAACAGACUAGUGGUACGCCGUCAGGAACUCAAGGUGCGGGUGGAGGGCAUGGUGGGAGGGGUGCUAGUUGUGUGACAGUUAGUACAAAGCUUCCUGAUGAUGUUUGGGGCGGCGAUGCAUACUCGUGGUCCUCACUGGACAGGCCAUGGAGUUAUGGAAGUAAAGGUGGGACUACUAGUAAAGAAGAGACAUAUGGUGGGGAAGGAGGUGGUAGAAUUCUGCUCAACAUAACGGGCUCCAUUGAAGUCUCAGGAGAUCUUUUGGCUAAUGGAGGUGAUGGUGGAAUCCAGGGUGGAGGAGGAUCCGGAGGCAGCAUUUACAUUAAAGCUCGUAUGAUGACUGGAAGUGGCAAGAUCAGUGCCACUGGGGGCAAUGGAUUUGCUGGUGGUGGGGGCGGGAGAGUUUCAAUUGAUGCUUUCAGGAGUCAUGACAAUACAAAAUUCUUCAUUCAUGGUGGAAGGAGUCUUGGAUGUUCUGGCAACUCUGGUGCUGCAGGGACAUUCUAUGAUGCUGUUCUUCAGAGUCUUGUUAUUUGCAAUCAUAACUUGUCUACACACACAGACACACUUCUGCUGGAAUUUCCUAAGUUGCCUCUUUGGAGAAAUGUUUAUGUUCAGAAUCAGGCUAAGGCAUUGGUUCCUCUAUAUUGGAGUCGUGUUCAGGUUGGUGGAGUGAUUCGUUUGACUUCCAGUGCUGUUUUGAGCUUUGGGCUAGCUCACUUUGGUUCAUCAGAGUUUGAAUUAAUGGCAGAAGAGCUUUUAAUGAGUGACUCUAUGAUAAAGGUAUAUGGAGCUCUUCGUAUGUCUGUCAAAAUUCACUUGAUGCUAAGUUCCAAUAUUCUCAUAAAUGGAGCUGGUGAUUCUAUAGUUGCAACAUCCUUACUCGAAGCUAGCAAUUUAAUGGUUCUCAAGGAAUCAUCUGUUAUUCAUUCUAAUGCAAAUUUGGGAGUUCAUGGACAAGGUUUAUUGAACUUAUCUGGACCUGGGAAUCUGAUAGAAGCACAACAUCUGAUUUUGUCUUUGUUUUAUAGUGUCAAUGUUGGGCCUGGAUCUGUUCUAAGAGGUCCAUUAGAUGCUGCUCGUGAAAAUUCUGGGACACCUCAGCUUUACUGUGAACUUGCAAAUUGCCCGAUGGAAUUGCUUCACCCACCUGAAGAUUGUAAUGUUAACUCAACAUUGGCCUUCACUCUUCAGUUUUGUCGGGUUGAAGAUGUCAUUGUUCAAGGAACCAUAAAUGGUUCAGUUGUGCACUUUCACUGGAUUAGAAAUGUUGAUGUUCACUCUUCUGGAGUAAUCACCGUAUCUGGGCUGGGCUGUGCUGGUGGGUUGGGUAGAGGAAGGUAUUAUGAGAAUGGUCUUGGUGGUGGUGGAGGACAUGGGGGAAAUGGUGGGGAUGGAUAUUACAAUGGCAAUUUCAUUGAGGGUGGUACCACUUAUGGGAAUGCUGAUUUGCCCUGUGAACUCGGCAGUGGCAGUGGAAAUAGUAGCCUAGCAGGUGCUACUGCUGGAGGUGGCAUUAUUGUUAUGGGUUCUUUGGAGCAUUCGUUAUCAAGUUUGAUUCUGAAAGGUUCCCUUAGAGCUGAUGGAGAAAGCUUUGGAGAAGAUAUUAGAGGCAACAAUGGUCGGUUAAUUUCCAGCAUUGGUCCUGGUGGUGGCUCUGGUGGAACCAUUCUUUUGUUUGUGCGGUCAUUGGUGCUCGGUGACUCUUCUAUGAUCUCAACUGCUGGGGGGCAUGGUAGUCCUAGUGGUGGUGGAGGUGGAGGUGGUGGAAGGGUUCACUUUCAUUGGACUGACAUAUUGGUUGGAGACGAAUAUAUCCCUUUGGCAAGUGUCAAAGGAACCAUUCAUGCUAGGGGAGGAUUUGGUGGAGGUCGGGGUCUUCCUGGAAAAAAUGGAACCAUCAGUGGACGAGAUUGUCCCAAAGGGCUUUUUGGUAUCUUUUGUGAGGAAUGUCCUGUUGGUACUUUUAAAAAUGUCAGUGGAUCUGAUGGAGCCCUUUGUCAUAACUGCCCACCUUAUGAGCUUCCACAUCGAGCUAUAUAUGUUUCUGUUCGAGGUGGUGUGACUGAGAUUCCUUGUCCAUACAAGUGCAUAUCUGACAGAUAUCACAUGCCAAACUGUUAUACAACAUUUGAAGAGUUGGUGCACACUUUUGGUGGGCCGUGGUUGUUUGGUCUUGUUCUCUUAGGUCUCCCUGUCCUGUUUGCUCUAGUUCUCAGUAUUGCACGGAUGAAAUAUGUUGGUGGGGAUGACUUACCUGCCCUUGAUCCUUCUCCACAUGACACACGGAUAAAUUCCUUCCCUUUCCUGGAAUCAUUGAAUGAGAUCAUGGAAACAAAUAGAAAUGAGGAAUCACAAAAUCAUGUACAUAGGUUAUAUUUCCAGGGCCCAAAUACUUUCAGUGAACCUUGGCAUCUGUCUCAUUGUCCACCAGAGCAAGUAAAAGAUAUUGUAUAUGAAGAUGCUUUUAAUAGAUUUGUGGAUGAGAUUAAUGUAUUAGCAACUUAUCACUGGUGGGAAGGGUCUAUGUACAGUAUCCUUUGCGUCACUGCUUAUCCCCUUGCAUGGUCAUGGUUACAAAGGUGUCGGAGAAAGAAAUUACAGCAACUCCGAGAAUUUGUUCGAUCAGAAUAUGAUCAUACUUGCUUGCGUUCUUGCCGUUCACGAGCACUUUAUGAGGGGAUUAAGGUAGCUGCAACAUCUGAUCUGAUGCUGGCAUAUAUGGACUUUUUUCUUGGUGGGGAUGAGAAAAGACCUGAUCUGCCUCCUCGUCUUCGUCAAAGGCUUCCUGUGUCCAUAAUAUUUGGGGGAGAUGGAAGUUACAUGGCUCCCUUUUCUAUUCAUAAUGAUAAUAUUCUCUCUAGCAUUAUGAGUCAGUCUGUUCCACCUACUACAUGGUAUCGGCUAGUGGCUGGACUCAAUGCUCAACUACGCCUGGUUUGCCGUGGACAUCUAAGAUUAAAUUUGGAGCAUGUUGUCAACUGGUUCAAUCUAUUUGCAAACCCUGCUUUGCGGAUGUAUGGUGUGCGUGUUGAUCUUGCUUGGUUUCAGCCCACAGCUUCUGGGUAUUGCCAGUUUGGACUUGUGGUGCGCACAACUGAGAAUGAAUGCACGUCACUGUUAUCUGAGUGUCACGAUGAGGAAAGUUUGACUGAAGAGAACUCAUGUUUCCUCCCAAGUCAUUGUAACCCAGAGCACCAGUUGAUGGGCGACAAACAUCUGGUGAUGCCUAGAAGGAUAUCUGGAGAAAUAUUACAUACGAAGAGCAUAAGAACCCUUAAAGAGAAAAAAAGCAUAUAUUACCCCUUUUCUUUUAUUCUCUAUAAUACAAAACCUAUUGGCCAUCAGGAUCUCGUGGGUCUACUUAUCUCUAUACUACUUUUGGCAGACUUGAUUUUGAUUUUGCUCACAUUGAUUCAGACGUACUCAUUAUCACUUCUGAACUUCUUCUUAGUUUUGUUUGUCCUUCCUUUUGGCGUACUAUUUCCAUUCCCAUCUGGAAUCAAUGCUUUGUUUAGUCAAGGACCUAGGAGAUCUGCAGGUCUUGCUCGCCUUUAUGCUUUGUGGAAUCUUACAUCUUUAGUCAAUGUUGUUGUUGCCUUCAUCUGUGGAUUCAUUCAUUGUUAUACAGCCCAUUCAAAUAACAAGCAGUCUAACUUUCAGUCCUGGAGUUUUAGCAUGGACGAAAGGGAAUGGUGGGUGCUUCCUUCUGGUCUAGCACUGUCUAAAAUAAUCCAAGCACGACUUAUUGAUUGUCAUGUGGCUAACCAGGAAAUUAAGGAUCUCUCUUUGUAUAGCGCUGACCCUAACGUCUUCUGGCAGUCUUGAAUGGAUCUUGAACUCCUCCACUUCAGUUGAACUAACAUAUAUGAAGAUAUGAAAAUUUGUUUAAGAGUGAGUGGUUACAUUGUUUGGGAAAACUUCUCUUAAUUUAUUAAUAAUGAAGAGAGAUGAUAACAGGACGGGGGAGUUUUUUUAGAUGUUGCCCCCAAUUUUGUAUUUGUUGGGGAAAAAUCUUGUUCUCAAUCACUACCACAAAUUAUAAAAAUAGAAAAGAAAAGUUACACGCCUAAA